UCAACAGGGGAAUGAGUAACUAUGUAUUUGUUGUGUACUGUUAUGUUUUUGCCUUUGUUGUCAUGGCUCCUUUUGUAGUUUUCGUGGAGAAGUAUGUUUUUCUCUUCCAUUUGUGUGUAUGAUUAUUUGUGUGAAUAUAUUAUUGAAGUAAUGCUGCAAUACUUUUAACAGGAGAGUGAAGCUGAAGAUGGCGUUCUCAAUCUUCAUGAAGAUAAUGAUUCUCAGCCUGCUAGAGUCAGUUAUUAGUCAAAAUUUAUACUUUUUGGGGAUGAAAUACAGCACAGCAGCCUUUGCUGUUUCCAUGUACAAUAUUCUCCCGACCAUUACCUUUGUCAUGGCUUGGAUUCUUAGGCUUGAGAAGAUAAAAUUAAAAAGCACACGCAGUCAAGCAAAGGUGGUGGGAACUUUAGCAACUGUUGCAGGUGCCAUGAUCAUGACACUGAUAAAGGGUCCAAUACUUGAUCUUUUUGGAACACACGCUAACAAUACAAACAACCUGCAAAAUGGUGGGGUAAAUCUUGAACAUGCAAUAAAGGGAUCAGUGAUGAUCAUAAUUAGCUGCUUUAGUUGCGCUUGUUUCAUGAUUCUCCAAGCUAUUACCAUUGAAGCUUACCCUGCCGAGCUCUCUCUUACAGCAUGGAUAUGCUUAUUGGGAACGGUUGAAGGUGGCAUAGUGGCACUGGUUAUGGAAAGGAAUAACUUUUCAGCUUGGUCUCUGAAAUGGGACACGAAAUUGUUUGUUGCUGUCUACAGUGGCAUAGUUUGCUCAGGAUUAGCUUAUUACAUCCAAGGAGUGAUGAUGAAAGAUAGAGGUCCGGUCUUUGUGACUACUUUUAACCCUCUCUGCAUGGUCAUUGUGACUAUCAUGGGCUCCUUCUUUCUGGCAGAACAAAUGUGCCUUGGAAGGACUGUAUAUGGUGGUGUGGGGGUAAAAGCAAAGACUACCAGUCAUCAAGUACAAUUACUGAAAAGAAUAUGUUGUCAGCCAAGCAAACAAUAGAAAAGAGCAACAGCAAAGAAGAACAUUUAAGUAACUUAGGCACCAUAGCACGAGAUGAACAUGUAUGAGAUCCAAACGCCUGUUUGACAGAAAAAAAAA